AUGGAUAUCUUCUGGCCGGAGAACAGGGAGGGCCACGAGGACUUGGUGUGUUUCGGCAUCACCGCGACCAACAUUGUGCCAGGGUCAUACGAUAACUGCAGCAACGGCUUGGCGCACCGCAGGGUCCUCCUUCGACCGUACGACAAGCUGUAUCAGCAGUGGAGGGACAGACAAAUGCAGAUCUCCCGCCAGGAAUGGGAUUUGAGGGCCGCGCAGGAGGCGGGGGGGAACGAAUUUCUCAAGCACCGCCGAGAGUGGCGGGAGAACCUUGCGGCGUCCCGGAAGGGCUUGGCGCGGGCCCAGGCGGCACAGGCUGCCACGAACAAGUCGGACGAGGCCGAGGUCGCAGCGGCGGAGGCCGAGGAAGAGCGGGUCGCGGAAGAAGGCCGAGAGGAGCGCAAGAGGGCGUCGGAGGAAAAGCGCCGGAAGAGGGCCGAGAGCUGGGAGAGGUCGUAUCAGGCUAGGCAGGAGCGCCUCGAAGCGGAGUACUCCAGAGCGGAGGGCUCCGGAGCUGGGGGCGCUGGGGCCCGGUGGUGGGCUGGGGCUGGCGUCGCUCUCGCUACCGCUGUUGUUAUUUUUGUACGCGCGUGGUAG